AGAAAGGGGACGCGUAAUUUGAGGCUAUGUAUGACACUUGUCGUAUCUGAACCCUUUAGAGGAUUAGUCUAAUACGAGAAAUGGUUCAGAUACUCUCCAUAAGUAACCUGAGUUAGCCGCACAAGUUUCCUGCACUGAUUUCCAACCAUUCUCCUCCCAAAAAGCGAUCAGAACCAAGACGAUCUCCACCCGUCUGCUACAUCCUUAAUACAGAUAUAUCUACUAUCUACUCUACCCCUACCUUUUGGAAUCCCCCACAAGGAAUUUUCUUAGCUCCACCACAACAGACCGAUAUCACGAUGGACCGGAUAAAGGCCUUCUUCAAUAGCCACUGGUUCGAUGCGCACCACAAGACGAGAGUGCAUAUUGGCCAAAUCGUUCUCGUUAUCCUCAUCAUUGGUCUUUCUGGCGCUCGAGUUGCCACCAAGCCGAGCGGCAUACCCACAAGCAGAUCUGAUACGAUCGCCAUCACCAUGAGUGUCAAAACCCUGGUCAUUCUCACAUAUCAGCUCGUGACUGAGCACGUCUCGAACUUCAAGAAGUGGGGAAGUCUAAAAGCAUAUGCUAUCCUCAACACACUUGAGAUCCUCUUCUGGUUUGUUGUCGUCAUCCUCGCAUUUAUGGGGAUCAGCACGUUUUGUCAAGGUACCAACUGUGCCAUGAUCUGGCUUGUCGCCCUGGUCGGCUUCCUCCUAACUGCCGCUGCAUUCUGGACCUCUGUUGCUUCGUGGCUCAACUUCCGCUACUUCAAGAACUAUGGUAUCCACCGCGGAUCAUCCCUUCCUCGACAAAGACCACAGGACCCCUAUAGAAUGGAUGACUCUUCAAUCUCGAACCAAUCUCAGAUGAAGUAAGUUAAGGGGAGACGAUCGAUCCGGGUCAGGAUCGUUGGAACCCCGGCUUUGAGACUCCAAGUCAAAACGCAGCCUGGAAAUGUUCGAAAGAGUUCAAGAGAAAUUACAGCAAGGGUGGUUGGGACGGAUUCUUUUUGGAACGGAGUGUAUCAACUCUAGUCAGGGAUUAGAUCAUGAAGAAAUGACAUACGUAGGUGAGAAUAUAUAUCCUAAAAGUUUAAAA